AUGUUUGAGAAGGCGGAGGAUGAGUACAAUGAUUUGAUGUCAAAGAAAAACAUCAUCGAGAAUGACAAGGCAAAAAUCAAGAAAGUGAUAGAGGAGUUGGAUGAGAAGAAGAAGGAAACCUUGAAAGUCACGUGGCUCAAAGUAAACAAGGAUUUUGAAUCUAUAUCCAGUACUCUUUUACCUGGUACAAUGGCGAAACUUGAUCCUCCAGAAGGUGGCACUUUCUUGGAUGGUCUUGAAGUUCGUGUGGCAUUUGGGACAGUUUGGAAGCAGUCUCUUUCUGAACUUAGUGGAGGGCAACGGUCCCUUCUUGCUCUUAGUCUUAUCCUGGCUCUGCUUUUUUUUAAACCUGCACCACUUUAUAUAUUGGAUGAGCUAAGUUUCAAAGGUGCUCAUUUCAGCUUAAGUACUAAGUUUCAAUGCUCGGCGAUGUCUCUGCGAGGGUCAACCACGUGCGAGCACGCUUUUUAG